CUCAGGGUUAAAAGAUCAGAAGGAAGCAGCAGCUGUUCAGAAUCUGAUCAGCCUUCCUGGAGAGAUGGUCCUGUUCUUGCUCCUGGCAGCCCUUCUUCUGUUCCCCACUGGGGAGGCAGCUCAAUCAAUGUCACCUGGGGGCCCACAACAUCAUGGAACAGAGAGGAUCCAGUAGGUCAUCCCUGUGACAGGAGCCAUCCGCCACCCAGACUGUAAUGGGAGAAACCCCAGCAGCUGUGACCUGGGCAGACCUUCUGGAAGAUGCAGCCACUCCUGCUCCUGAUGGCAUUUCUUCUGCCUCCUGGGCUGGGACAGGGCAGAUCAUCGGAGGCCGAGAGGCCAGGCCCCAUUCCCGCCCCUACAUGGCAUUUAUCCUGAUCCGAACUCCAGGAGGUCUGAAAGCUUGUGGGGGGUUCCUGGUGCGUGAUGACUUUGUGAUGGCAGCAGCUCACUGCCUGGGAAGCCAAAUGAAUGUCAUCCUGGGGGCCCACAACGUCAGGACACUGGAAGGCACGCAGCAGCGCAUCCCUGUGCUCAGACCCAUCCCCCAUCCCGGGUACAGUCCGUGGAGCCACAGCAAUGACAUCAUGUUACUGCAGCUGGUGAACAGAGUCCAGCGUAAUCGAUUCGUGAAGCUGGUGCCUCUGCCUCAGACUCAGAACAGACUCAGGCCUGGGACCCGGUGCACCGUGGCCGGCUGGGGCCUGACUGGUCCGAACACGAGAACAGACACGCUCCAGUGUGUGCAGCUGAGUGUGCAGAGGGAUAGGGUGUGCAGAAGACGCUUCAUGUCAUACAACGGCCGAACACAGAUCUGUGUGGGGGACCCGAGACAGAAGUCUGCCUUUGUGGUGGAAAGAAUACUUGACGGUGGAAGGGGGAGGCAAGAGCAGUGGAAGAGCCCCCAUACAGUCCUUCCUAAGCUCAGUGACAUUUAUUUUGAGCCCCAGAGCACCACCCAAGUCAAGACUCAGUCCUCAGGAAACUCCCAGUGCAGACCCAUCUCCCCACCUAAGGAUAUUCCAGCUAUUGAGCCCCUUCAAGGCAGCUGACUGCCUUUAGCAGCCCUGCUGGAAAGGUUUCUACAGACCUCACCAGGCUCACCUUCAGAGGACAAUUCUCUUUUUGGCCAUCCCCAAAGUCAGGUCCACCACCUCUCACAGCUUAGCUCCUCUCCUAUUAAGUAAAUCUCAGCAGCAGAAGUUUGGCAUGGGUCCAAAGUUUACUUAAGGAAAAUAUUCCUUGUUGUGUUCUCCGCAGGCACUGGACUCUGAUCUCUCAAGUACUAGCCAGUCCUCUCUCAAUCAGAAGGUAUUGUUCUUCUAUUUUCUCCCAGUCCCACUGGCCACAGACCAUUCAGCCUGCUGCUCUCAA